ACGAUUCCAGAGCAUGCAUGCGGCCUCCGAGCCGGUGUAGCUCGGGAGCAUUUUGAUAUUAAUACUGUAAUUGCGACCCUGAAAACCGGCAUCAUGGAGGCUGUUAAAGCAUUUAACGGCGAGCUGUAUUCGCUCAAUGAAUACAAGCCUCCGAUCUCCAAAGCCAAGAUGACCCAGAUCACAAAGUCUGCAAUUAAAGCUAUAAAGUUCUACAAGCACGUGGUCCAGAGCGUUGAGAAGUUCGUUCAGAAGUGUAAACCAGAAUACAAGGUGCCAGGGUUGUACGUCAUUGACUCAAUUGUACGGCAGUCACGGCACCAGUUCGGUCAGGAAAAAGAUGUGUUUGCGCCACGGUUCAGCAAAAACAUCAUCGGAACCUUCCAGAACCUCUACCGAUGUCCAUCUGAUGACAAAAGUAAGAUCGUCAGGGUGCUUAACUUGUGGCAGAAGAACCAAGUGUUCAAAAGUGACAUCAUCCAGCCUCUGCUGGACAUGGCGGCUGGUCUGCCACCCCCCAGCGUCACGCCCGUCACCUCCAGCUCUGCUGCGCCCGUCAACAGCACUACUCCUGGUACUCCUGCCACUCCAGCAACCCCUGCUAACAUAGUGCAGAGUCUACCAGACUGGGCCGCACAGAUCUCCAACACAGAUACGGUGGCUGCAGUGGCUCAAAUUCUACAGAGCCCUCAGGGCCAACAGCUCCAGCAGCUGGUGCAGAGUCUGCAGAUGCAGCAGCAGAAGCCGCAGCCGUCUCUCCUGCAGGCGCUGGACGCGGGCCUUGUGGUGCAGCUGCAGGCCCUCACCGCCCAGCUCACGGCCGCCGCCGCCGCCAACACGCUCAACCCCCUGGAGCAGCGGGUCUCCUCCUUCAACAAGAAACUGUUGGGGCAGUUUGACUUUGGGAAUGAAGCGGAGCGGCAAGAGGAGACCAAGAAGGAGACGGUGCAGCCUCAAUUGCCCAUGGUGUCUGAGUCCAUCAACAGCUCCAUCUUCCAUCAGUUGGCUGAGCAGCUGCAGCAGCAGAAUCUGGAGCAGUUCCAGAAGCAGCUGAUGGAACACCAGCAGCACCAGCAGCAGCAUCAGCAGAAGACGAUGUCGAUGGAGAGUCAAGAGUCCCUUUACGGCCCAGAUAACAGCUCCACGCCCACACAGGGCAGCAGCCAACUCCAGCUAGCGGAGACGGACUCCAAGAUGGAUGACUCCAUAGACAACCAGCAGCAGGAUAUGGACAUAGAUGAGGGGCAGGACACUAUGGACGAGGAGAUGUUCGAGACCGAUGAGAAGAAGACCAGUGGGACUCGCUCCAGGUCACGUUCCAGGUCUCGCUCCAGAUCUCCCCGCAAAAGACGGUCAAGAUCGCGCUCCGGGUCUCGGAAGCGGAAACACCGCAAACGCUCCCGCUCCCGGUCACGAGACCGCAAGAGGAAGUCCUCGCGCUCCUACUCCAGCGAGCGGCGCGCUCGAGAGAGAGAAAAGGAACGACAGAAGAAGGGACUCCCUCCCAUACGCUCCAAAUUCCUCAGUGUGUGCAGCACUACUCUCUGGGUGGGCCAAGUGGACAAGAAGGCCACCCAGCAGGACCUCACCAACCUGUUUGAGGAGUUUGGCCAAAUUGAAUCCAUCAAUAUGAUUCCCCCUAGGGGCUGUGCCUACAUCUGCAUGGUGCACAGACAAGACGCCUACCGUGCUCGCCAGAAGCUCAGCACCGGCUCCUUCAAGAUCGGCUCCAAGGUCAUCAAGAUUGCAUGGGCACUCAAUAAGGGUGUGAAGCAGGAGUAUAAACAGUUCUGGGAUGUGGACCUUGGCGUUACCUACAUCCCUUGGGAAAAAGUCAAGCUCGAUGACCUGGAAGGCUUUGCUGAAGGAGGAAUGAUUGAUCAAGAAACCAUUAAUAGUGACUGGGAGGCUCAGAAGAAUGCCGAGGCGGCCAAGGAGACGCAGAGCCAGGCGGCCGCAGCUGAGGCCAGUGCCGUCACUAACGCCCAGAGCGAGGCCUACGCCCAACCUGUCACCAUGAUGCCUGUACAGAUCCCCGUGGCACAGUCUGCGGUCCCUGCAGUCGGCCUGGUGCCGCCUUCGUUUCCGGUUACCAUGGCGAUGCCCCCACCUGGCUUCGGUCCUCCUCCGCCUUUCCUGAGGGCAGGAUUCAACGCCUCUCAGCCUCCACCAGGAUUCAUGCCUCCAGGAGUUGCUCAGACCACUGUAGGAACUGGUCUCCAAUCAGCUGCAGCAUCGCUAGUGCAGCCCUCCAUGUCUGGCGCACAUGAGAGUAAGGACUCUCCGUACGCAGCUAUGCUCCCCCAGGCCGGCUUCUUACCUCAGGGCAUCCCUGGAGUAUACAACCCUUUGGGAGUCCAGCAGCAGCAGCAACAACAACAACAACAACAACAACAGCAACAACAUCAACAACAUCAACAGCAGCAGCAACAACAACAACAACAACAACAACAGCAGCAGCAUCACGGAGGCAUGGAGAAAGCACAGCAGCCUUCAGAGGGCAUGGACGCCACUAGUGCAGAGCUCACGCUGCAAGGGAUGCAUAACGCGGUGCGCAGCGGCAUGGGCCUGCUUGGCAUGCACCCCUCGACGGCUCUUGGCCACCAGCUCACAGGCCAGAGGAUGCCUGGCCUCCUGCCCUUGGAUCUGCGGCCCAAUCUCCUCCAGGGUGCCAACGCCCGCUUCCCGCUGCUCAUGCAACAAGGCCUUUCGCACCAAGCUAGCCUGCUGGAUGCCUCCCUCCAGGCACAGGCACAGGCACAGGCCCAGGCCCAAGCCCAGGCCCAAGCUCGUCUCCGGGCCCCCUUCCAGCAGAUGGAGGCCUUCAGCAGGGCCGCUAACCCCGCGGCUGCUGGCGCGGACAAGCCUGAGGAGGAGGCGGCCCCGAGCAGGGCGGAGGGCAACGCGCAGCAGGACGGAGACCAGGACUACCGCUUCCCCCCGCCGGAGAAGAAGCAGAGCACCGGCCUGCUGAGGACCCCGCCGCCCGAGAUGCGGGAGCAGCAGCAGGCCACCUCCAGACCCCCGCUCCUGGAGAGACCUCCGCGACCCUCGCUGCUAGGCGACGGGCGCAAAGAAGCCAGCCUGGCCGGAGGCUUCCGGGGCGAGAGCCGCUGGGGGCCGCCCAGAGGGGACUUUGACGAGCGAGACGUACGCGGGGGGGCGGCCGCAACCGGGACCCCGAAAGGUUUCCAGGAAGAACGGCCGAUGGCCAACUUCCCUAACCGCUUCGAGAUGCGUGGUGGAGGAGCAGCGGCAGCAGCAGCAGCCUCAGUGUCUUCUUCAGCAGCAGGAGGAGGAGGUGGUGCUAGUGGGGCAGGAUCUGCAGCAGGAGGUCCUGCCUGGAAUAGAGGAGGCGCAGCCUUCAACGCAGACAUCCACAAAGACUUUGAUGACAGGCGGCGACCGUGGGAAAGGCAGAGGGACCGCGACGAGCGCGAGCAAGACUUUGACUUCCGAAGGGAGAUGAACGGCAACCGGCACAGCCGGGAGCGUGAUCGAGACCGCGAACGGGAGAGGGACCGGGACCGCGAGAGAGACCGAGACCGGGACCGCGGCCGGGACCGCGGCGGAGAUCGCAACCGUGACCGCGACCGAGAACGAGGGGACAGAGAGUGGGAGCGAGACCGGGAUCGAGAUCGAGAUCGCGACCGCGAGGCUGAGCGAGAGAAGAGGGAUGAGGAGAGGAAGCGAGAACGCGGUCGCGGCGGCGGUGGUGGUGGGUGGACCCCUCUUGCCCCUCUGGUCCAGCCCCAAGCCCCAAACCAGCCUCUACUACCCCUGCCACAGCCCCAGCUCCAGCUCGGGUCUGGUCUACGACCCCUCCUCCCUGACCCCAGGCCUCCUCUCCUCCCUGACCCUCGUCCUCCCAUUCUGCCUGAGCCUCGGCCACCUUUGCUGCCUGUCCCGACCCUUCAAGUGCAGUCAGACCACAAGCCAGAGCUCAAAAUGGAGCUCAAAGUGGAGCCUAAAGUGGAGCCUAAACCAGACCCCAAGCCAGAGGUUAACCUCGAGCCUAAACUGGAACCCAUGUUGGAACCUAAACCAGAGCUUAGCCCAGAACCUAGCCCAGAACCUAGCCUUGAGCCUAGCGCAGAGCCUAGCGCAGAGCCUAGCCUAGAGCCUAGCCCAGAACCUAGCCCAGAGCCUAGCCCAGAACCUAGCCCUGAGCCCAAAUCGGAGCCUGAACCAGAGCCCUUACCUGAAUCCCCACCAGUAACCAGCAAUACUGAGGAGGAGAUGGCAGAACCACAGACCCCCGAGGCUUCCACUCCAUGUAUGAAUGGCGAAGAGGCCGACAUGGGGCCCACCGAAGAUUUUGUCCCAGACCUCGCAACCCCCCCACCAGCUUGCAGCCUCACGCCCAGUCCCGCCCAGUCACCGUCACCAUCACCUUCCCCGUCACCUUCCCCCUCCCCGAUCCCGGACGAGCCCCCUGAACAAGGGAACGUCCCGGCUAAACUCAGCCCCCCCGUGGUGGACACUGACAGUGAACAAAGUGGGCCGAAGGAGGACGCUGAGGCAGAGCCAGUGCUAGAGAAAACAGACACUGAGGGGACAUAA